ACAUCGACGGUUACAGUUCAGUGAGCGAUAUGACUCUCCAAAGGUCACGGUCCACAGUACAUCCCGUCUUAUGUACUGGGAUCCUAAUACAGGAUCGGUAUCACUUCCUCUGCACCACGGGUUAUUGUAAAACGGCUAUUAAUUUGUGUUAUUUUGUGUAAAUAAAAAUAACACCACUGGGGGGCGCAAUUGAACCAGAAAACAGCGUAUUAAAGAAUUCUGACAUAAGUGUAUCAGCGAAUUAAUUAGUGCACUGUAGUGCCCGGGAAGAAAUCUUCGCAGUUCAAACCCAAGUGAUACACGUAAUGGAUUCAGGACAGGAGGAGUUUGUGAAGGUCAGAAAAAGAGAUGUAGAAAAACUGACUACAGAAGUCAUGCAACUGCGAGAAUUUCUGCCCAAAGUCCUCAACCGGGACCUGUUGGAAACAAUCCGCAAGGCUGGUGUGAUGGAAACCAUGAUGGAACGCACAGAGUUUGAGCAGAAGCAGCUGAGGCAGGACUGCCUGCACCUCCACUCACGCAUGGAUGCGGCACACAGAGAUUGUGAGAGGGAGCGAGAGGAGAACCUGGGGCUCAGGCAGCAGCUGAGUCUGGGCCAGGAGCUUCUUCAGCAGCAGGCCGACUUCUGCACGGCUCUGGGUUCGGCUGCCUGCACGCUGCUCUGGAGCGUCUCUGUCAAGGAGGAGGCGGUGAAGGACAUCCUGGCUGGUAGCUACAUCGAGCCCUUUCUCGCUUUAGCGGGACAAACGCUGGAGAGCUUUGUCAGUUCCCUGAACCCGGUGAAGAUGGAGAAGGAGGACUCCAGCUGUCAGGAGCACCAGUUUGUCCUGGCUGUGGCCGGAAUCAUCACCAACAUAGCUGCAGUGCCCAGUGGGCGGGACUUCCUGUCUAGCUCCGCCCACAUCCUGCUGGACACCAUGAUGCGGCUGCUGGGAGCCAUGAAGCCAGGGGUUUUCUCCAAGCUCAAAGUGCUGAUACUGAUGACACUUUACAACGUCAGCAUCAGCGUUAAAGGGCUGCGGCUACUUGGCCAGAGCGCGAGCCUCCCCCAACUCCUCCAGGGCCUUCUCCAAGAUGGGGAGGUAGAGGUAUGUCUCCAUAGCCUACGGCUGCUCCACUCUUUGGCCCUGGAGGCGGGGCCUGUGAGCCAGGUGGGUGUGGCUCUGAGGAAUGAGCCCGCCCUGGACCGCCUGCACCAGCUGUCCUGCAGCCGCCACGAUGCCUUGUGCCAGGCCGCCCGUGAGGUGCUGGAUGACCUGGCGGCGCUGCACAACCCCCACGGGUGGGACAAGCCCUCGGACGAGCCGACCCGCCAAAAAGGUCCUGCUUCAGAUCCGGAGUGACUCUGACGACAUCAGUGAGACUGCGCAAUGUUCCCCCUCGUUCCGGGUCUGUGCGCAAUGUUCCCCCUCGUUCCGGGUCUGUGCGCAAUGUUCCCCCUCGUUCCGGGUCUGUGCGCAAUGUUCCCUCUCGUUCCCGGUCUGUGCACAAUGUUCCCCCUCGUUCCCGGUCUGUGCGCAAUGUUCCCCCUCGUUCCGGGUCUGUGCGCAAUGUUCCCCCUCGUUCCGGGUCUGUGCGCAAUGUUCCCCCUCGUUCCCGGUCUGUGCGCAAUGUUCCCCCUCGUUCCGGGUCUGGUUUCUUUCCCGGUUUUCGGAGAUCUUGUGAAGACACAAUGAUGGUUGUUUGUUAGCUUCCAGUUGGUUUGUGUUUGCCAUGUUCCCAUUGGUCUUUGUACACAUCCCUGAGAUAUCUGGGUAGAUUUGUGAUUGGCUGUACAUGUCACAUGACCUAACAAAUACACACAUACACACUUUGUGCACACUCUAACAGCUGUUUAUUUAGUUCCUCACGGCAUCAAUGAUGGUCCAAUAUCGCUCAGAACCCACGCAUUAUGGGAAAUAAAAGGGAAAUAAUUCCACAACAGAUUUCACUAAACAAGGUUAACUCAUCAUAAUCAGGCCCUCUGAACAUCCUAUAAGGCUCAGCAUCAAGACCCAAGCACCUUCAACCUUCUUACUCAGAACUUAAAAUUUUCUUCAUUUUUACUUAAUUUUAAUGUUCUGUGAUACAUUUAGAUUUUGGUUAGUAAGCUUCUGAAAUGACGUGUUAUGUUUCUUUGAAAUAAACAUUAUUUGAGGUUUGAACAGAA